AUGUCGAACCAGCCGUUCGCCUAUCCUCCACCUCCACCUCCACCACCGAGACAAACUACGGAUGUCAGUUCUCAACAGAGCAAUGGAUAUCAUUAUGGACGUGGUGCCUACAGAGGCGGUGGAAAUUCCUAUCGGGCUAAGAGCCGAGGUGGCGUUGGAGGAGGGUUCUCCGAUCGCCCUCAAAACACCCACUGGCAAGGACAGAAUACUUCCACAAGACCUUUCACACAUCAUUCGCCUCGAGGAAACUCCAACCUGAACCCUGCUCAAAAGCGAAACCAUACUGCUGCAUUUACCCAGCCAAAUACCCAUCGCCCCCGGCCUACUGCACCACCUGCUGUCCCAAGCUUCAACGCCUCAAUUGCACAUCUUCUUCCAGUCAAGCCAUCCGCGAAUUCGGCGCCUACCCCAAGUCCAUCCCAGGCAUCAAACCCCCAAAAGCCUCUAGCAAAACCUAAGAAGAACCUUCUAGGCCUCACCCCAUCCCACCCAGAUGACUCCGCGUCAUCCUCCGAGGAUGAAGACGAAGAGGCUCGCUUGUCCAGUAACCUAGACGCAUCCACUGCCAAUGCAGCAGCGCCAGGACUAUCUUUUGCAUAUAAAGGGCAACUCUCAUCUUUACGGACCGCGGCAGAGAUUCAAGCAUGGAUAGCCGAGCGGAAGAAACGAUUUCCAACGGUUGCCAAGGCAGAUGCGGCAAAGAAGGAGAGGGACGAAAAGAAACGGAAGUGGGAGGAGGAAAAGGCUGAGAAGAGGAGGAAGAUGGAAGAAGAGCGAGCCGAGAGGAGGAGGAAGAUGGAAGAGGAGCGAGCCGAGAGGCAGCGGAAAUCGGAAGAAGAUAGAAAAACCAGAGAUCUUGCAAGACAGAUGUCUGCCGUUGAGAAGGAAAUCCAGACGCAGAACCGGAUCAAGGAGAAAGGUGCCAUCGCUAGCCCCGCCAGUAAGGCGGAAGCCUUAGCUGAGAAAUUCCGCAAAAGGGCUCUCAAAGCUGAGAAGGCACUGAAGAAGGCGGAAGAGGCAUUGCGGGUUGCCAAGGAGAAGCAAGCUAAAGCGUUGGAUGGACAGGACCGCAUGGUACAAGAAGCAGAGCCCCAAGUCGAACCUGGCACUGAACCAGCAAGUCACGCCAUGGUGGACCCAGACGCAACCUCCUCUUCAGGAUCCUCUGCCACAAGCAGCGACGACUCCGGGUCUGAUUUAUCAUCGGAGGGGGAGAGCGAUAGUGAUGCAUCCUCUGCCACUCCCGAGACCAUCAGCACCAAGGACUCAAAGCUUCUCAACGUUUCAGCACUACCAUCUGCUCAAACUAUCAAGGCACCCAAAAGGUCCCGCCCCUGCGGCAACUUCAUGAAGUAUAAACGCUGCCGAUACGGCUCGAACUGCCGGUAUUCACACGAUCUGGGCGGCUCUUCAGGACAGGAUCCGGACAGCACUCAAGGGCAAAAGAGGGGUGCUGCUGCUGGAAAGGACCAGAAGGGGAGAAGCUUGGGUGCGAAGGACACCAAACCAGCACGAAGGAAAGGCCUGUAUCAGGUCAUGGUGGAGAAGGAGGAGGAGGAGGCACGCCGGAAAGUGGCAGCGAUGAUUCUCCGGUUGGGCGAGCAGGGGCUUUUCGAAGAGCCCGAGGGGCCAUCGUCCAGUACUAUUUGA